GAAAACCUUACAUUAAUAUUAUUAUAUUGUUACACAUUUUUAAAACUUUUUAGCAAAAUGACGAAACCCCAUGUCUCGAAUACAUAUUUUAAAGACUUUUAUUAAAGUUCUACUGCAUCAAAUAUUCUAUCAGACAUCGCAUGAUUGUAGUGUCGCUUGGGCAGUCUGUGUGCGAAUACCCGAAGUGUUCUUCGACGACGGCGAACCGUGGUGAACCGCUGGCGAUAUUCUAAUUACUGGCACCUAGACGGUGCCACUGGAAGUAGUUGAAUAUCUAAAUCUGUUUGCCUUUGGGUUGCCUUUAGACGAGAUGGCGUCUGAAAGCGUAAAACGGAUUGCUCAGAAGUUUUGCAGAGCGGACGAUCCAGUCACAGCCAAAAGUGUAAUCACUCCCGACUUCGAGAGCAAACAUUCCAUCCCGCCACUGUACCAGUCGAAACUUGUACAGAAACGUAACCGAAAAAAGGAGCGCGGAAAGACGAAGGGCGAAGACUGGUAUAACAUGCCGGCACCUGAACUGACCGAUGAGUUAAAGAACGAUCUGAGAGCUCUUCGUAUGCGCGACGCACUGGAUCCAAAGCGCUUCUAUAAGCCCAACGAUACGAAAGGCUUGCCGAAAUAUUUCCAGAUCGGUAAAAUUGUGGACAGUCCAGUUGAUUUUUACAGUUCAAGGAUACCAAAACGGCAGCGGAAACGAACCAUUGUGGAUGAGUUGUUGCAGGAUGCGGAAUUCCAGCGCUACCGGAAGCGAAAAGCUGGAGAGUUGUUUAAGGCUAAACAUCAGAAUGCUAGAUAUUUCAAGUCCAAAAAGGCCAAAGAAGGCAAGAAAAAGAAUGCGAAGCACACUGUCGUAAAAUCUUGAGAUCUGUAAACAUAAACUUGAUUUUCGCUGGUUUUGUGUUGCGAUUUUACUUACGCUUUCAGCCUCUACUAGGUAGGCUAUUAUUGUUACAGAUGUAAAAUAAAUUACCAC